UACACUUUUCAAGUUCUCUUAUAAAUACAGCACUCGAUGCCGAUUUUGUUGUUAUUUGGUGCGUCGUUUUGCUUGGCAUCGGGAGCGGUUUUAUAUGUGCUCGUAUCGUCUGUAAAAAUAUAUCGGAAAUUAAUUUUAAAAACAUUUUACCAUUUUUUGGAUAUUCCUCAACAAUCAUCAUGACACGCCUAGCGUUACUAGUCAUCUGUGGAUUAGUUAAUUACUCCACUGGACAAUAUUUCUACGACCCACCAGAAGUGAAUUUUCCAGAACCAAGUGGAUACAACUAUCCAAAGCCAAAUAAUCCACUUCCUUUGCCAACUUCAACGUUGGCACCAGUUAAAAGUGGUUAUGACUAUCCCAAGCCCAAGGAACAAUUAAUAUUGCCCACUCAAGCGCAUAAAGGCUAUGAUUAUCCAAAGCCAAGUAUUCCAUUCGAAAUCACUACAACAACAACUACCACAACAACAACUACCAGAAAGCCUACCCCAGCUGUGACCUAUCUGCCACCCACCACAAGAAAGCCAGCCCCUCCUGUAGUGACCUAUCUGCCACCCACCACAAGAAAGCCGGCCCCUCUCGUGGUGACUUACCUGCCACCCACUACUAGGGAACCAGCCCCUCCCGUAGUGACUUACCUGCCACCGACUACUAGGAAGCCAACUCCUGUCGUAACCUACCUGCCACCCACUACUAGAAGGCCAGCCCCUCCCGUAGUGACCUAUCUGCCACCCACUACUAGAAAGCCAGCCCCUGUCGUGACUUAUUUGCCACCCACCACCAGCAAGCCAGCACCAGUCGUGACUUAUCUGCCUCCUACCACUUCUAAGCCUACCCCCGUCGUGACUUAUCUGCCACCCACCACUAGAAAGCCAGCUCCUCCUGUAACAACAACAACCGAAAGAAUCACCACUACUCUUCAUUCUGGCUAUCAAUACCCAAAACCAGCUCAACCACUAUUAGAGCCUGUCCAUACUGGAUAUAGUUAUCCAAAGCCAAGUAAGCCAUUUGUCGUUCCAACCGCCGCAGCUACCACAACAACAACAAGAGCAACCACCACGACCACAACAACGACGACGCCAGCUCCAGUUCAGCAAGGUUACAGCUACCCAAAACCUUCUAUUCCCUUUGAAGUACGUUCAACUCCGUCUACAACGACGACCACAUCCACCACACCACUUCCCACACACAAACAAGGAUACGAUUAUCCCAAGCCUGUUGUUAAAUUUAAUAUUCCAUCUACAACUGUCAAAACAACAACAACAACACCUGCUCCGACAACGAAGUAUGAGCCCGGAUAUAAAUAUCCAAAGCCUACAGUUUCUUUCGAGCUUCCAGCUCCACGAACAACAACAACGACAACGACGACAACAUCAACAACUAAAGCUCCAACUACCACUAGUGGAUACCACUACCCUAAGCCACAAAUCCCAUUUGAGCCAGUGCGAUUUAAUGAAAUUAUCGAUGAACCCGUGUCAGGCUAUAAUUAUCCAAGGCCCUCAGUUGCUUUUAGGUUUUGAAAAUAAACAUUUUGUACAAAAAUUUUAGUAGCUAAAUGUUUUAUUUUGUAAUUUUAAUUAAUGUAUUUUUCCAUAUUUAAGUUUUAAGAGAUAAUAAAGUAUUGCUUAAGCUGUAAGAAAUCAAAAG